AUGCUGCCCUUCUUGGUCUGGACGGAUCAUAAGAACUUAGAAUAUAUCCGUCCCGUCAAGAGGCGGAGUCCGCGCCAGGCCCGCUGGGCACUCUUCUUUGACCGUUUUAACUUCACCCUUUCGUACCGGCCUGGGGCUAAGAACGUCAAACCUGAUACUCUAUCCCGUCAGUUCGAGCGGCUGGGAGAGGAGGUGCCUACCGAGACUAUACUCCCGGAUGGAGUAGUGAUGGGGGUUCUCCCCUGGAACGUCGAGCGGCUGGUGGAGGAGGCUGGACAAGGGGUGGAAGUACCAGUUGAGUGUCCGGCCAGUCGGUUGUUCCUGCCGGCAGUGUUACGCCCUGAGGUCCUUCAGUGGGGUCAUGAAUCUAAGGUCACCUGCCAUCCAGGAAUCAGGAGAUCUCUGGCUGCCAUCCGUCAGCGAUUUUGGUGGCCCUCAAUGGGCCAGGAUGUCAGGCAAAAACAUCAGAGAGGAUCCACAGUCAUGGACGGGAGUCUGUUUGUGCUGCUUCUGCUGUCAGGUCUCUUUAAGACCACUUCCGGUCUUUCUCGUAUGUACUACUAUAUAAAUGCCAGAAUGUCGUGGCCAGAGGCUCAGAGUUACUGCAGAGCGAAGCACACUGACCUGGCUUUUAUAGACCGCAUGAGUGAUGCAAGCCAGCUGAUAAAUAUAGUGGAUGCUGGAUACAGUGGAUCAGUGUGGAUAGGACUGAAGAGGGGGACACAGAAACGCUGGGGGUGGUCUCAGGGAGAAGAUACACUUGCACAGUACAAUGCCUGGGAUGCAGGAGAACCAAACAAUCUAAACGAAUGCGCUUUUCUUGCCUAUGGAGUUUGGCAUACUUACCAGUGCUCAAAUCCGAUUUACUUUGUGUGCUACAAUGGCACUAGUUACAUCUUGGUAGAGAUGUGGAAGAACUGGAUGGACGCUCAGAGCUACUGCAGACAGCAUUAUAUAGAUCUGCCCACCAUCCACAACUCUCAGGAACAGAAUCAGCUCAAGAGUAUUGUUCCAUCGUCAGCAUGGAUUUGGAUUGGUCUGUUCCGGGACUCUUGGGAAUGGUCUGACAAAUGGAGCAACUUCUUCAGAUACUGGGCAUCGGGUCAACCAUCCCAGAGUUCAGGAUCUGGUGACUGUGUUGGCAUGUCAACAACUGUUUCUGGAAAAUGGAUUCGUUCAAGCUGUGAUCUAAAGCGUCCUUUUAUCUGCCAUGGAUGGCCCAAGUCUCCGUACCGCGCAUACCAGUAUAUGAAUGAAAUUAUGACUUGGCAAGAUGCUCAGAGUUACUGCAGAGCGAGAUUCUAUGAUCUGGCCACUGCUGACAACAUGACUAAUGUGAACAAGCUAGUAAAUACAGUGGAUCCUGGAUACAGUGGUUCAGUAUGGAUAGGUCUCAGUGCUGGGACAGAAGAUCUCUGGGUCUGGUCUAUGGGAGAUGGUGCAAUCUCCCAGUACAGUAUGUGGUAUCCAGGAGAACCGAGUGGUGAUGGGGAGUGUGUGAGGAGUUUUAAUGGAAGCUGGUAUGAUGAGAGCUGCAGCACUGCUCUCCCAUUUGUGUGUUUCAAUGAUAGCACUGGUUUUAUUAUUAAUGAGACUGCUAUGACAUGGAGAGAUGCUCAGAGUUACUGCAGACAACAACACACUGAUCUGGCGAGUAUCAGCAGCCCAGAGCAGCAGAAUCUGAUCAGUAAUGAAUCAUCACUCUGGAUCGGUCUGUUUCUGGACUCUUGGCAGUGGUCUGAUCAAACGAAACUCAGUUUUAGAUACUGGGCAGCAGAUCAACCAUUACAGAGUUUAGCGCCUACUAACUGUGCUGGCAUGUCAAGAACCAAUUCUGGGAGAUGGUCUCAAUACAACUGUGAUCUAAAGCAGCCUUUUAUCUGCUAUGGAGCUGACAAGUUAAUUAGAAAACAGGUUGUACGGUUGAAAUUGUCCUGUAAUGGAAAAUGCACAUUGAAUGAUCCUUCACAACAGACUUCCUUUCUAAAUGUGAUAAGUGAUAAGUUGAAGAGCAUGGGACUGGAAAGUAACAAAAUGAGCUGGAAUCAGGGGAAAGAUGAAGAGGUGUUUCAUCUGGAGAGCAAACACACAGCCUAUUAAAAUAAUCAUUGUAAUAGGCAUUAAUAAUCAAUGUACUUAUUUUAACUUUUGAAACAGAUUCAAAGAAUAUUAUGUAAAUCUUAAAGGGGUCAGAUGAUGUUGUUAAAAAGAACACUAUUUUGUGUAUUUGGUUUAUUGAAAUGUGUUUUUGCUGUUUAAGGUAAAAAGACACAUUAAUUUCCAUAUAAUAUACAUUAUUGUUUCUCCUCUGUGCACUGGCUAAUUGAAAAGUGUAAUUUUUUACAAAGUCCAUCGUUCUAAAAAGCAAGGUGUGCUCAGAUUGGCCAGCUUUCCAGUGCGUUGUGAUUGGCCAAGAGCCUCAAGUGUGUGACAGAACUUUUGAGGCCCUCACCAUUAUAUGAUGCGUGUCCCGGUCAGAACACUGGUGUGCUUUUACUUUUACGUGUACUAAUUUUUUUUCAUACAAAUUAUUAGUUUAUUUCAUAGCCAACUGCCUUCAUUGAUAUAUGAAAUUGAGAACCGCUGUUCUGCACUGCUCAGAACUCACGUAUGAAUCAUCAAUGGCAAAUCCUUUACAUAUGUAAACAUACUUACAGACUGUGAGUCAUAACACCCAGCAUUGUCGUCUUCUCUCCCAGGAUCAGGAAACAGUCCUCCAUAAAAUGUGCUACACACAUCUGAAUAUUUGGGUUGAACUGUUCUGGAACAGUGUUGUAAAUACAACUUAACCACUGAUUUCUAGCUGUGUCAUCUUUUGGAAGACCAUGCAAAGUAUUUUCACUUUCACAACAAAACAGUUUCUCCACAACAUGGUGCCAGAGCCAACAGCGAGAAUCAAAGGUUAUGCCUUCUUUCUUUGUG